AUGAAGACACAGGUAUUUGUAAUUUUGGUCUCGAUAGCUGUGUUUUAUUUCACUCAAAAGUUUAGCUCGAAAAGUUAUAGUGUUAAAUACCACGACAUGUCAGUUGCAAAAUUCGUGAAAAAUCCUAAUCCUUUUCCUACCUUUUUCCUUAGCCAUGGGGGACCAACUUUCAUGUAUGAAGAUGAUGAAUUUGGUAAUAAAGGUGCUUGGAACAUAACAAGAACCUUAGGUCAGACUAUCAAAAAUAAGUGGAAACCUGAUUAUAUAAUUGUUGUUUCGGCACAUUGGCAAUCAAGUGGACGCAAUUCGGUUGAAAUUGCUGUUCCAUCAGACGGCGAGGACCAGAAUGCUUUAAUUUAUGACUUUUAUGGUUUUCCUGACUAUAUGUAUAAAGAAAAAUUCCGUACGAAAUGUUCUAAAUUCCUUGCUAACGACGUUAAAGAGCAUUUAAAAGCUGGUGGCUUUCAUACAACUCUAUCUAAAAGAGGAAUCGAUCAUGGAGUAUGGGUUCCGUUGAAAGUCGCUUUUUCAGAGGAUUCCUCAGUUAAGGAACCGGAAGCAAUUAACAAAUUGGACUUACCUGAUACUUCGUUAAUCCAAGUAUCUCUUACUUACACCGAUGAUUUUGAAACGAACUUCAGACUAGGUGAAUUGCUCAGCAAUUAUACAAACAACCUAUUAUGGGAUGAAAAAAGGGGAAAAUAUUUGAAAGGUUUGAUCAUAUGUUCUGGUAUGUCGGUUCAUAACUUGAGAGAUUUGGGGAUUGCUUUCCUGAAACCCGGCCACGUCAUGCCAUAUGUCAGGCCGUUCAACUCCAUUUUAACGGAGACGUUAUACAAUUCUCCUAAUGUGCUAGCAGGGUUACAAGAAUUAAGAAGAAAACAUAACUCUUUGAUGUUUCAGGCGCAUCCUACCUUGGAGCAUUUUCUUCCAAUCGUUGUUGCCAGCGGUAUCCACAAUGAAUGUGGUGGAUCUAUUAAGGAAUUGUACACAGACUCUCAGGCAAGUUUGGGCUGGAACAUAUACCAAUUUGGAGAUGACUACAUUUGUGAAACUCGUAAGUUAUAG